CCAAUUAAACUCACUGCACCCAUCAAUGCCUCUUUGUCUUCCUCCCUCCCUCUCUCUCUUUCAAUCACUCCAAGAAAAAAAAUUCUAAAGCUGCUUUCACCAGUUUCUCGCCUCCCUUUCUCACCUUCCAUGCACUUUUAAUGUCCCUUCACUAUAUACGAAGUUUCACACACAUUGCAAUCUUCCAUGCUUAAUGCAUUUCCCUCCAAGCAACGCAAGUUGAAUUCUCUGCUACCAGAAUUUUGGUGGGUCUUGAUGACGUAAAGGAACUGAACAUGCUUUUUUACUUCUUUGUUUUAUAUUUAGUGGUUUUUUGAAAGUUUAUAGUUGGGUGGAUGAACUAACUCAGACGGACAAAACAAAGCUAUAGUGUUUGAUUUUUGUCAUUUUGUCAUGUGCUAAUUAAGAAGAUAGAGAGGGGUUUAGGUAUUUUUACCUCUUCUUUUGUUUUGUUCUUUCGUGUUGAAUUAUUGGUUGGUUUGAAAAUCUUAGUAGAGGGAUGAGAAUUAGUUUUGGUUUUGGUGAUAAGAUCUACCAAUAAAGAUUUCAUUGUUUCAUGGCAAGGUGGCAACUUGGGAAUUAGGAUUUUGUUUUUUCAAGGAAAGAUUUUACAAGUUUGGAGUUGUAAGAUCAAAGUCCAUAUAAAGAUCAAAGUUGGGUUGAUUUUAGAAUUUGGUAUAGUUGAUAUUGCAAUAUUGAUACCCAUCAGACCUUUUUUUGACAGGGUUUGAUCUUGUUGAUUUGUUGUUGCGGGAAGAAGAUGGUUGGAAGUAUUAAGGCAGUGAAUCAUCAUAAUAACGGAUGUGGUCUAGAAGAGAAGCUUGAUGAGCUUCGAAGCCUUCUCGGCAAGGCUGAUGGUGAUCCAUUGAGAAUUGUUGGUGUUGGGGCAGGUGCUUGGGGAAGUGUUUUUGCAGCUUUGCUGCAGGAUAGUUAUGGUCAAUUUCGAGAGAAGGUCCAAAUCAGGAUAUGGAGAAGGCCUGGAAGAGCUGUUGAUAGAGCCACAGCAGAACAUCUCUUUGAAGUGAUCAAUUCGAGGGAGGAUGUAUUGAGGAGGUUGAUCUGGCGAUGUGCGUAUUUGAAGUACGUUGAGGCCAGGCUUGGCGACCGGACUCUUUUUGCAGAUGAGAUUUUGAAAGAUGGAUUUUGCUUGAACAUGAUUGACACACCACUUUGUCCAUUGAAGGUUGUGACUAACUUGCAAGAGGCUGUUUGGGAUGCUGAUAUUGUGGUAAAUGGCUUGCCUUCCACGGAGACACGUGAGGUGUUCGAAGAGAUCAGUCAAUAUUGGAAGGAGAGAAUCACAGCACCUAUCAUCAUCUCCUUGGCAAAGGGUAUAGAAGCUGCAUUAAAACCUGUUCCUCGAAUAAUCACACCUACGCAAAUGAUUAACAGAGCGACUGGAGUGCCAAUGGAAAAUAUACUUUAUCUUGGUGGACCAAAUAUUGCUUCAGAAAUAUACAACAAGGAAUAUGCUAAUGCUCGAAUAUGUGGAGCUGACAAGUGGAGAAAGCCUCUUGCUAAGUUUUUGAGGCAGCCCCAUUUCAUUGUAUGGGACAACAGUGACCUUGUCACUCAUGAAGUCAUGGGUGGCCUGAAGAAUGUCUAUGCCAUUGGAGCUGGAAUGGUAGCAGCCCUUACUAAUGAAAGCGCUACCAGCAAGUCAGUCUACUUUGCACAUUGUACAUCAGAGAUGAUAUUUAUUACUCAUCUACUGGCGGAAGAACCUGAGAAGCUUGCAGGGCCUUUGCUGGCGGACACAUACGUAACGUUGUUAAAGGGUCGUAAUGCAUGGUAUGGACAAAUGUUAGCCAAAGGGGAAAUAAGCCGGGAUAUGGGUGAUAGCAUCAGUGGGAAAGGAAUGAUUCAGGGUGUUUCAGCAGUUGGAGCAUUCUAUGAACUCCUGAGUCAGUCAAGCUUGAGCGUGUUACACCCUGAUGAAAAGAAGCCUGUUGCUCCCGUUGAGCUCUGUCCCAUCUUAAAAACGUUGUAUAAAAUACUGAUAAUAAGGGAGCAAUCAUCACAAGCUAUUCUGCAAGCGCUGAGGGACGAAACAUUGAACGACCCCCGGGAACGCAUUGAGAUUGCACAAAGCCAUGCUUUCUACAGGCCUUCUCUUCUUGGCCAGCCUUAGGCUACUUUGCGUUGCCAAAAAAAGUGAUCAUGAAGGAAUCAAUAAAACACAUGAAAGCAAUUGUUGUAUGAAGUUAUGAACACUCUGGAGUAAAACACACGCUGGUGUUAUCAUGUAUUCUGCAAAAUUGUCUUAUAAUUGUGAAAGCUCAAAGCCUUCAAUUAUCGCCUAAAUGUUAUUUUUUUACAUCAUGUAUUCUGUAAAAAUGCUAUUUACAGUCUUAUUUAUUUAA